AUGACUAGUGAAUUUGAUAUGAGCAUGAUGGGAGAGCUCAACUUCUUUCUAGGCUUGCAAAUAAAGCAAACUGCAGAAGGCAUAUUCAUUCAUCAAGAAAAAUAUGCAAAGGAACUUGUUAAGAAAUUCGGGCUAAAAAGUGCCAAGCCAAUGGGAACUCCCAUGCAUCCAAAUAUCAAGCUUGACAAAGAUGAACAUGCUAGAGAUGUUGAUGAGAUGCGCUAUAGAGGGAUCAUUGGCUCUUUGAUGUAUCUAGCCUCCUCAAGGCUUGAUAUCAUCCAAAGUGUUGGAGUAUCCUCAAUAUUUCAAUCAAAGCCUAAGGAAUCACUUUUUUCAGCUGUCAAGAGGAUCAUCCGAUACAUGCUUGGUACCACUGAUAUGGUUUAUGGUUUCCAAAGACUGAUUCCUUUCAAUUAG